AUGACAAAAGACAGCGACCCACCAACCAGAACAGGCAAUAACCAAGCCACCGAUCGUCUUAACCAGGUCACAUCCCAUAUAUCACCACCAGGAGACCAACCAAAAAAGCCCAAGUCAAAGUCAACGUCUACAGAAAAUCGUCUCCCGGCAGACUACUCAGAUGUACUAGGCCAACUAGCAACGCUGCGGGAAAUAGCCGCAAAGCCAGAUCCCACCAACCGAGGCUACGUCCGCCAAAAGCAAGCAGGCAAGCUAUGGGUACGCGAGCGCAUCGAGCAACUGCUAGACCCGAACAGCUUCCAAGAAAUUGGAUCCGUUUCCGGCACGGUGACAUGGCAAAAGACAGCGCCGAUGCGCGAGAAGCCCGUCUCCUUCGUGCCAAGCAAUAACAUCCAAGGCACUGGACUGCUUCGCGGCAGGAAGAUCCUUCUCACGGCUGAUGAUUUCAGCAUCCGGUCUGGACAUGCCGAUGGUGCGAGUGUAGGUAAGACAGUUUAUGUUGAGAAACUUGCUAUUGCGUUGCGGCUGCCGGUUGUUAAGCUUGUUGAUGGGAGUUCUGGGGGUGGGAGUGUUACGACGAUUCGGAAAGAGGGCUGGAGCUAUCUUCCUCAUGUUUCUUCUUUUCCGCAUGUUAUCAAGCAGUUGAAUAUGGGGAUUCCAAAUUUGGGGGCUGUUGUUGGGCCUGCGAUUGGACUUGGUGCUGCAAGGGUGGUAUCCUGCCACUUCUCCGUGAUGGCAGCUGACAUUGGAGCACUGUUUAAUGCAGGGCCGAAGGUUGUUGAGGGCGCAACAUUUGAAGAAGGCCUCGACUUCCAAGAUUUGGGUGGGCCUAUGGUUCAUUGUAUGAACGGCACGAUCGAUAAUCUCGCCGCUAACGAGGCGGAAUGUUACGAGCAGCUGCGGGUAGUUCUGAGUUACCUCCCAAACAGUGGGAGCGAUGCACCGCCAACAAUUCCCUGCACUGAUUCCGAGGAGCGCGAGGAUAUCGCACUACGGAGCAUCAUUCCUCGACGACAAGCACGCAUGUACAAUGCGCGUUCGAUCAUCACCUCUGUAGUUGACAAAGACUCCUGGUUUGAGAUCGGAGCAUUAUGGGGGCGCACUGCAAUUGGUGGACUUGCACGUGUGGGCGGUCGUCCGGUUGGGAUUAUCUCGCUGAACUGUGAAGUUAAUGGAGGUGCAUUGGAUGCCGCUGGUAGUCAGAAGUUAACGCGGUUGUUGAAAUUGUGUGAUGUGAUGAAUCUGCCUAUUCUGCAGUUUUUGGACGUCCCGGGAUAUGCCAUUGGAACUGUCGCUGAGCGCACGGCGACAAUGCGCUGGGGUGUUGAGCUCGCCAAGGCUUACUUCAGUACCACGGUGCCGGUAUUCAAUGUCGUUACACGGCGUGUGUUUGGCGUGGCGGGUGGGGUUAUGUUCGGUUGUCGUGACCCGGUUAUGCAGGUUGCUUGGCCAUCUGGACAGUGGGGUUCGUUGCCGCUGGACGGCGGAAUCGAGGUCGCGCAUCGGCAUGAGCUGCGUGAGGCCGAGAAGGUUGGAAAGAAGGAAGAACGGUAUCAAGAGCUGGAAGAAGAGUAUUCACGGCUGAUGAAUCCGGUGCGGACAGCGAAUGCGUUUGGAAUUGAGGAGAUCAUCGACCCAAAGGAUACGCGGAAGGUUUGCUGUGCAUGGGCAUCGCAUGUCUAUGAGGUGCUCAUGAAAGAGAGGUUGGCAGACCGUGCCUGUGGGAAGCUCCAGCCUUCUUUUGCUUGA